UCUCGCACAAUAUUGGGAAUAGCUUUGAGAUUUCCCAAACGUCAUGAUUUUUAUUGGCUCCAUUGAGCAUUUAUUUGUUUUGUGCCUGCUAUGUAAUUUGGCAGAGGGUAACAUAUUAAAUUAUCAAGAACCGGAAGACAAAAACGUGGGCUAUCAAAAUGAAGAUAAGGCUUCGAGUACACGCCGAAUUUCAAUCACGGGAGCAGAUAUAUUUCAUAUCGAAGGCAGAAACGUUUUGAGAUUUAACAUGACGAACCUACGUAGUAUAUCGCCAGCUGAAAUCGUGAAAAUGGAACUUCACGUCGAGUUCAGACGAAAGCGAGGUUACAGAAAAACGUCAAUGGCUUUGUUUUUAUUAUCACCCAAUAACAAAACAGCCAAAAUCUUGGCGAGAGGAGUACCCGUAAAAAUUGGAGGCCGUCUGAGAAAGUUUGUUUUAAAUUUAACAAAUUUGAUCGAAGUGACAAAUCGUAACUCGACUUCACAGCGCUUUUCUUUUUUAUCACAUAAUAUAGCAGACCAAGCAUUUCAUUUAGCGGCUAUGUGCAAACGAAAUAGAUUGAUACGAAGCUGCGAGGAAUAUGGAUUUAAUUUAGCGACUCCGCCGAAGUUAUUCAUAUAUUAUACUACAAAGUAAACUGAUAUGGAGAACUCAUGUGUGAGGGAAAUUAAUCCAAUAUAUAUUGAAAAUGUGGAAAACAAUUUGCUUGCAUUUUAUAGUAAUUCUGCUUGGCUUUUGGAGUAUGCCUAUACUGCUGUGCUUAUGCGUUUCAUGUAGACGUAAUUUGCUAUUCAGCGCAUUGAAUAAUAAAGUUUCCUGCAUCAAAUUUUAUGUCUUUGCAAUAUUCCUAGGCAAACGCUCAUGUUUUUCGCCACACAUCACUGGGACUUGACUUAAAGAGGGUGGAUAAAUAUUGCUGGUUUUCUCCGCGAUUUCCUAUUCUUGCCUGAAUUCUGUAUAACAAGUUGACGAUAUUGUACUCCACUAAAUGAACUGUAUAAAUUAUUGUUCUAAAUAUUAUAUUUAAGUCACUUAAAGGUAACAAAGUGAAUGAAAAACAUACUCAAAAAGGCAUCACGUGGAAGUUUGUGAUAUUGGUAGUCACAAAAUCAAUCGUAUUAUGUUUUUGUUUUCGUAGAAUGUUCAUUUUUAACAUCAAAAUGUCAUUCGAUACCAUUUUUGUACAUGUAAAAUAUAUGAAAAGUUUGGAAUCUUUACCAGUUGUAAAAAUAAUUUAUUCACCACUCUUUUGCAAAUAACUUUGAAGCCGUUACAUAUU